GGGGAGGUCGAGAGAGACAGGCUGGUGUCUGCAGCAGCUGCGCUGCCCUGCCUGGGGGAGGCUGAUGGAAGUGCGGGGAGGGCGCCCGGAGAGGGCACCGAGCCGGAGCAGCGGGGCGGCUCCCCGGCGGGGCGGUUGCUGAUUGCCCGGUUCAGCGCACGAUCUCUGCUCCUAAUGAAAGAAGAUUGUGAGGAUGGAUUACUGCAGUCAGUCAUCACUAGUCCCCUGUGGAAAAGACAAAUACAUUUCAAAAAACGAAUUGCUGUUGCACUUGAAGACCUACAACUUGUAUUAUGAAGGUCAGAAUUUGCAGCUCCGGCACAGAGAGGAGGAAGGCGAGUUCAUUGUCGAGGGUUUGCUGAACAUCUCCUGGGGCUUGCGCAGGCCCAUCCGGCUGCAGAUGCAGGAUGACAACCAGCGGAUCCGGCCUCCUCCUUCCUCCUCCUCUUGGCACUCUGGCUGCAACCUGGGCACACAGGGGUCUGCAGUGAAGCCAAGUAUCAUACCCGAUAUUCAGAUUACAGAUGUUGACAUCCCCACGGAUGCUGAUGACUCCGGGAGUGGAACAGAUGUCGGAGACUUAAAACCCCAGCAAGAGGAAACUCCACAGCUGAUGCGGACCCGGAGCGACGUGGGAGUCCGUCGCAGGGGGAAUUUCCGUACUCCAAGUGAACAGCGGCGGAUCAAACGCCAUCGGUUUUCCAUCAACGGGCAUUUCUACAAUCACAAAACAUCUGUGUUCACACCAGCCUAUGGCUCAGUCACUAAUGUCAGGAUAAACAGCACAAUGACCACUUCUCAAGCCCUCAAACUGCUGCUCAAUAAAUUUAAGAUUGAAAACUCGGCUGACGAAUUUGCAUUGUAUAUUGUCCACACCAGUGGAGAAAAACAGAAAUUGAAGGCUACAGAUUAUCCACUGAUUGCCCGCAUUCUGCAAGGGCCGUGUGAACAGGUCUCCAAGGUCUUCCUGAUGGAGAAGGACCAAGUUGAAGAAGUCACCUAUGAUGUUGCUCAGUACAUCAAAUUUGAAAUGCCAGUUCUUAAAAGCUUCAUCCAGAAGCUCCAAGAAGAAGAAGACCGUGAAGUGAAGAAACUUAUGCGCAAAUACACAGUCCUCCGGUUAAUGAUAGAACAAAGACUAGAAGAGAUUUCUGAGAGCCCGGCAACAAUCUAAAGUUCUUCUCAGCACUGUGCUGCAGCCCUGUAUCGGCGAUCAGUCUCUCUAAGAAACAUUGUUUACAUGAAGAAUGAAAAGAAGAUGCACUCCAUCCUGGGAACCAAACCUGAAUGCAAAACCCUGUGGAGAUUGAAUGUGUGUCCUGUACCUGCUCAGCAGACAUGGAUGUGUAAGAGUCAAUGGACUCCUUCUGCAGAAGGAAAACCUUCCAAUAAUUUUCUUUUCCUCUCCUCUCAAAGGAAAUGAUUGACAGAAUGCAAGCCUAGCAUUCACAAAGAGGAGAGUUGACCUUGCUGGCAUGUCGAAAGAAGGCUUUUGGGAUAUGCCCACCAAGGCUGGUGUGGCAUGCCAGUGCGCCUUGACCUGCAGUGUCUGUACUGAAGAACCAGUUGAGUUGAGCUGAGAGGAGUGGAUCAUGCUCCUUUGCUUCUUGCCUACUGCCAUUCUGAGAUGCUUAUCCAUGCUUGAGUGCUGAUGUUACUAUGCAUAGGGUCUCAUGUCUGUACGCAAAAGAGAGAACAAGACUCAUGCUCGCAAAAGCUAGUAAACCAGCUUCUGCCAUGCCCGCAAACUUAGAAAAUACUAGUCCGUGUAAAUGCUCCAGACCCAAUCCCAGUACGGGUAGCCAGUUUGCUGCAAUAACUCCUGCCAACCUCCACUCGUGCCAGAAUGUCAUGCAUUAUGAAGUGUGUUUUGAUGGCAAGAUAUAUGUUCUGUGUACCUUUUUCCCAUACAGGACAAUCCUCUUUGUUCUUUAUUUUUCCUGUUCAGAGGGCUCUCAGAGUGCAGCCACAAAAGAUAUACUUUUUCCCCCCGCAUGGUAUGGGUGGGAGAUGCAUCUUGUUGUCCCCUGGGUUUUGGCUUUUCCUGCCUCGUUCUGAUGCUUGCCGCCUCACUUUCAUGGUUGGUCACCAAGCGUAUGUCUGCUCUGCAGCUAUAGGUUCAUUCCCAGCUCAGGGAGAUGUACACGUGGCUAGAUUUGAUUGAGCUAGCAUGCCAAAUGUAGCAGCAGAGGUAGCAGGUCCACGCUAGCCACCUGAGUACGAUCCCAUCCAAGAGCCUAGCUAAUGACUCGCUUCUGCUAGCUCAUGCCACCGCUUGUACUGCUGUAGCUGCACGGUUCUAUUUAGCGCGCUAGCUUAUACACCACGCUAGGUCUGAUCAUCUGCCUGAGCUGGAAAUGGCAGUGUAGAUUUCCCAAAGUGAGGCGGAGACCGAAGAAUAGCGUGAGCAGGACGUGGAGCUCCCAGAGGGCUGGUGGGAGGACAGACAGCAGCUGGAAAGGAAGAGAUGCACCUACCUAGAUGCGCCAUGAGAUCUCUUGGGAGGACUGACGGGGGUGGGGACAGUUAUAACCAUCACCUGUUGGUGAUUUGGGCCUGUUCUGUCCUUGAGAGCUUGGAGUCUGUGGGUCAUGGUGUGGAGUUAGGCCAGGGCGGCUUCUGGGGGUGGGGGCAGAGGAGUGUUAAGUGUACGUGGUUUCUAGAUGUGAGGGCCUGAUCUGCAAGGUGCUGAGUUCUCUCACAUGUGAUAGGCUGAUUCUCCCCUCUCUGUGUAAAUCAGGAGUAAUUCUGGUGUCAGUGGAGCCCUGCUUCAGAAACUGUUGGUUGGUAGGUUUGGUGUAUGGGUGGUGUUGGUGGCUUGUGUUAAACAGAAUAUAGAUGAUUUGGUGGUCCCAUCUGGCCUUAAACUUGAUGACUCUAUGACCAGCCUAAAAAAUGGUAUCAAGAGGCAAAUUGACAGGUGCAUUGCUGAGCUAAGCACUUUGCCAGGUCAGGCUGUCAAAGUCAGCAGGGACUGGGUGUGUCCAUGAGAUAUUCCAGUUGUGUGAUACUCACGUGGUCAUCACAAGGAAUAAAGGGAGCCAAGAUGUGGCAGUUCCAUGUAGCUUGACAUCAAUUAUCUAGAUUCUGAUGCAUCUGCCAGAGGAAUGUUUUGAGAUUUGGGUUGGGGGUGGGGGGGGACAAUUUUUUUUUUUCCCAAAAGUGCCUCGGAGACUUAAGAGCUUCUGGAAAAUUUGUCUCAGAACCAGUUUGAAGAAAGACCCUUGAUUUGUCCACACCUGUGAUUAAGGACUCUUGAUCCAUAAACACUUCCUCAAGCAAAGGAAACCGACUCCCACCAGCGUACUGUCUUUGUCUAGAGUUAUACUGAGCAAUUCCUCAGUUGCAGAACAUGAGUUGGGUUGGGGCAGUUGAUUGGAGAGUGGCUAGUUGUCAGUGAAUUUUUAAUCUCUGCAAGCAACUAUAAUAUCACCAUUAGCUUCACACUCCAACUAGUUUGACAGGGACGACGUGGAAGUAGCCGUUCAAUUCCUGAUGUCUUAAAUUUAGCUGACUGUCUGUAAAUAGUGUUUACCAUCUCCACUGUGUGUGCGUUUUUCUUGUGGGUUUUUUUUGUAUGAUGGAUGUAAAGCACAAUGGAACUUGUAAGGCUCCCAGCUUGGUUGUAAGUGGCAUCCUUUCAUUUGGCUCAACAGGUAGAACUGCUUCCUACAGACUAGCAGGCUCUUUGUUCAAAGCCUAGCUGGGAUGACAUGGGACACUUAUUCUCUGAAUCCAGCCCAAAUUUGAUCUUCAGUCCUUAAUAUCUGCAUUGCAGAGCCCAUAACAGAAAGCCCUGCUUGUAAAUGACGGCUUCAAAGAUUAAUCUAAUGCUGGUCUUCAGUGAACAGAGAAACUGGCAGUGGGGUUGGCAGACUUCCAAGCAUGCCCUAAAUUAACUCGGUCUCUGUUUUCCUUGAUUGGCUUAAGACCAGAUCUCUAUGGGGCCUUUAUUUCCUUUAUGAUGUAUGGUAUAUUGCCAGCAUUUCUCAGACGGACAUUGAGCCCUAAGGUGUUCAGCUGUCCCAAGAUGCCCUGGGGAAAUAGCUCCCAGCAGGUCAAUUGUGGAGGAUAACAUUGCGUCCGGUACUGCUAAGGAGAAUGGGUUUGGUUUCGUUUUAAAUGGGACUUGAAUAUAAUGGUGUCUGUCUCUUCACUUUCUUUACUCUCGGGAUUCAUUGCUUUGGUGUGAUCUGUACGACGUGGUUCACUCCUGUCUCUCUUGGCUCGUGUAACCCCUCAGUAGGAUCACGCAAGAAAUAGGAGCCAAGCUGAGUUUCCAGAUGGGCGAUGAGCAUCUCCAUCAUGCGGGCUCUGCGUUGCUGUGAUGAGCUGCCUGCUGGUGGCUUUACAUUGUGUACCUUAAUAUGGAAUAGGUUUCAAUCUGUGGGCAAAUAGUGUUUUUAAUAUUUUAGAGCGUCUAUAGCAGAAAGCACUCAAUCUACGUAAAGUGUGUAACAAAACCAGACACACAGAGAGAAGGGGAGUGGAUGUCCCAGAGCACUGGGAUAAAGAGCCUUUCAUCCCUGCACUGCUGUUUCGUUUUUUGUUUUUAAAGCUGGGAAAAAUUUUUUUCUAAUUUUUGCUAAAAACUUUCACAGAAACACCAGGGUUUUUUUUUGUUUUUUUUUUACUUUAUUCUUGCAAUUCCCUGCCCCAUUCUUUAAGCCGCUCUAGUUAGCUCAGAUCGAAGUCCGGAUGGAAGCUGUUGUACGCUGAUGGCUGUUGAGUGGCCCAAUGGGAGAGGAAUGUGUUGUUUUCCUAGUGAACUGGUGCUGAUGGCAUGAAACCCAAUGCCAGAGUAGGUGCUAACAACCCUCUCUUGCUGGGAGACUCAGCAGAGAAGCUAAAUGCUGUCAGGCCCCAGAGCCAGAACCCUGUUCCCUUGCUUGGAAGAGGGCGUGGUUCUGAGGCAUGCAGCCAUGGCAGCGUUGGGGAAGCUUAUACUGUCCCUUUAAUGCCGUGUAUGUUUAUCCAGUCUCCAGGGCUGUCGCAUGGGCAUUGGUUCAGCAAAACAUUUAAGCAUGUGCGUGAGGUUGGGUGACCAGGUAGCAAGCGUGAAAAAUCAGGAAGGGGAUAAUAGGCACCUAUAUAAGAAAAAGCUCCGAAUAUCAGGAUUGUCCCUAUAAAAACAGGACAUUUGGUCACCCUAGCUUGAGGCUCACUUAUGUCAACCUUCAAAGUUAAGCCCGUGCUUUGCUGAACUGAGGCCUCUAGCAUUUUUUACCAGGGCUCAGUUCACACACGCAGUGUUAAGAGGCAACCUUGCCCUCUCCCCCCUCCAUAAUUAAAGGCACAAAACAGUAACAUGCAACAAAAUGACUUGAUUAAAUAAAAGCACAUUUCUAUUGUAAUAAUUAAAAGGGAAGAGAGACUCUUUAGGCUUGGAAAUAUUUGCCUUUGAUUGCAUGGCCUCUGCUGAAAAUAAAAGAAGCUGCAGUCGAGUGUCCAUUGGGCUUUUUGUGGGAGAACUGCCUAUUCAUGUUGUUUUCUUUUCCACUUGUAUCUGGUCGUGUAACCCUUCUUUUUUUCCCCCUCCCCUGCUUCUCAUUUGCACUAGUUCUAUUGGGGAAUGAAAAAAAAAAUGAUGUGAAUCUCUCUGAUCUACACAACAUGCCAAAUAUCACCCAGGGAAAUAGUUUCCAAGAAUGAGUUUCUCUUGGAAGACAUUAUUAUAAAGAAACUCAAGCCAGCACAAUGACCGUAUGAAGAGUUGCAACUUGAGGUUCCGAUCAGCGUGGUUUUGGGAGGUUACUCCACACCUGUUUUGGGAUCAUGUAGCACAGAACCAGCUAUUUGUGAAUUCGUUGGUGUCUUUUUUUUUUUUAGUUUUUGAGUCACUAUGUACAUUUUUUGUUAAUGAAUAAGUCUAGGCUAACUUUGCCCUUGGGUAUAUGGUGAAUAGAGAUCUUUGUAAGACUUUUUGCUAACGUCUGUGUAGAUUAGGGUCUUGCACUAUGGCAUAUUUCUCUAUCUUUAGACACGUGACCAUAGUGCCCAGUCAGUGGUGCUUACCCCACUGCAGCUUUUUCUAGUACCAGCACCAUUUUGCGCUGUCACAGUGUUUUGGGGGCGCAGAUUUCCCUAACUUAGAGUGGCCCUUACAUUGCUCCUCAUUGAAGGCAAUAGGAGUCUUUUUCAAGGCCUUCAGUGUACACAGGUUCAGACUCUGAGAGCCAUUGCGAACAUGCAUGCUGGGCUUCUGCUUCCUUGCCAGAAAAAUUGAAGAGCUCCAUUUCUUCAUUGCCCUGCACCUCACAUGGUUGCUCUCCCCAGCACGGUUCUGACAUGGCAUGGGGACAUAAAUCCUGAUCACCAAGAUCUGUUUGCAAAAGGGGAACGAAUGGGGCAAUAGUGCAUCCUUGUUACUAAGAGAAUGAGCAGCAAUUGGGAUUACGCCAGUGACAGAUGUGCAGCAACCGGGGCAAUGCUGGAACCAUUUUCCCAAUCCUUUAGAAAUUCAUAUAAAUGUGAACCCAGAUCCAAAUCUAAAACCACUACUGGGUUUGCCCCCACAUCCCUAGCUGAGCUGCAGUUUGAGCCUCAAUUACCACCUGCAAUAUCUGCUUUAUCAUUGACAUAAGUAGAACCUCUGUGUAAAUCUCUCUCAUUCUGGAGCUAAACUAGCAAUAUCUCUUUGUAUGUCGAUGCUAACUAAAAUUUGUGGUUAUUUUCUUUCUCUUGAGGUUUUUGUAGUGUAACUUUGUAGGCUUUUUUUAAAUGGUACCUUAUUUUUACACAAAUCUGUCUAGCAUGUGUUACUGAAAGUAUUGUAAAGUGACAAAUGCUUUUUGUGUAUUUUGACUAUGACUUUGACAAUGCCUCAUUAAUGAGAAAAGCUUAUGUAACAAUUCAAUACGUUAUCAAAGCACAUGAGUUAGAUCCUUUUUUGUUUUUCAAAUAAAGCACUUUGCGGAUAGAAAUGCU